UUCUGUCAUUGUCAAAAUCAUUCCGUUCAGCAGCCGACCGACGAACACGAACUAAUUUACGCUUCAAAACAUUUUCAAUUAUCCACGUGCCAAGCAUUACUCGUUUUGUUUUGUCGGUAAUUGUUUACAAUCGAAAAAAAUUGUGUCUGUGCUGCAAAAAAAAAAAAACGCUCGAAAAAUCCCAACGAUGUAAGUUUUGCUAUGCAUUUCAUAAGGUUUUGUUGUGAAUCGAAAGUGUCAACUCUUCAGAAUUUUUUGCUGAAGAAAAAAGUCAACAAGGAAGUGAUUUUCCGAUCAAUUUUUUUUUUUCGAUAGUGGAAACAAAAUGUGCACAUUUUGAUAAAUUGUUAAUUUUUUGUUGUUCGGAAAGCAGUUUUUAAACCGAUAUUUUUUCAACAAAAUUUUUGAUAUUCAACAAAGCGCAUUGUUUUUGCAUAAGAAUUCGUCGUUUUGCACACGACAAUAAAACGACAUGAACUAAAGUCAUUGAAUACACAGUGUGUUUGUGAAAGUGUGAACCGACACAGGCCGUUUGUUUCUGUGCAACAGAUGUGCGAUAAGAGAGAGGCUCUGUUAGCGGGAAUCAUUAAUAUAUUCCAUUUGUGUACUCUGAUGAGAUAAGAGAAUUAACGGGAAAAAUGGAUAAUUCAACGGAGGAAUCUGCUUCACCGGCAAAAAAACAACGAGUUUUGUCGCCAGUCAAAUCUGAGCCAUCACCAGUGAAAACUGAACCGGGCGCUGAUGAAAAAUCUGCCGACAAAAAUGCUGACCAUUCAUCUGUUGCUGACUCAUCCAACACAUCCAUCGUUACACCCGACCAAAGUGCUGAGCACAACAAUGAAAUUGCCACUACUGCUUCAUCUCCUGUAAAAAAUGGUACGAAAAUCACCGAUUUGGACGAAAAAUGCUUGGCCGAACUCAUGAAGCGUCUUGACUUCUCCGAUUUGCUGAACGUUGCGAAUUCGACGAAAAAGUUAUGCGCUGGCGCUUGUGUGGUGUACAGCCAACGGUAUGCUGACAAAUUUGUGAAGUACAAUGGCGAUGCAAUCAGCACGAAAGUCCUAGAAAUUGAUGUAACCGACACCACAAUCGAAAUCAACGACGCUCGAUCGUGUUUGAAGAUGUUGCGCGGUUUUGGCACUCACAUAACAAGGCUGAGGCUGAAUUUCAACGGAAUCGGACCGCGACGAAGCCAUGCGAUCUCUCAAGCUGUCACAGAAUAUUGUCCGAAAACGUUGGUCGAACUCGAAUGGCUGGUGUGCCCGAAGAACGCAAUGGAAAAUUCCACCGAAAAGUUCACAAAAUUGGAAAGUCUACGCAUCGUCUCUGGUUACUUGGGCGAAAAAAUGACCUUGUUCACAUUUUUCUUCCCGAAUCUACGGCGUCUCGAGUUGACCAACGUUGAAGUCAGCGAUCGGAAAAGCAUUGAGCGAACUCUACACAGCGUAGUUCAUCUGAAAGUCAACAUUGAAAAGCGCAAAGGAAUGGAUUUCCUAAAGUCGAACGUGAAAGCUGCCCUGAACCUCAAUCCACAACUGACUAGCUUCAGCAUUGGCGCGAACUGUGACGUCAAACUGCUUGAUUACAUCAGCGAUCAAUUGCCAAAACUCGAAACAUUCGAAAUUUUGAAUCCACGGAAAAAGUUUUUCGACACCACAGAAGACCGUGUGUGCUUCCGAACGGUGAAAAAUUUCUCGCUGGACAUCGCCGAGUGCAAGGAUUCGUUCUCAAACAUCCCGUUCAGAUUCACACAGCUGAAACGGUUCAAGCUGAACGCUUGCUAUCGACAUCGCGACGAAUGGAUCGAUUUUGCUGCGCAAAAUCCACGAAUCACACAUUUGCAUCUGUUGAACUUUCACUGGUUCUACGUGCUGAACAAGGAGCAACUGAUCAAAAUCUCACAAUCGCUACCGAGGCUCACUGAUUUUGUUUUGGAUUGGCGCGUUUUUUCAACGGAAGCCGUGGCACAAUUUGUGGAACAGUGCGAUAAACUCAAGAAAAUGCGAUUGUCGAUGCGCACACGACCUGAACGAGCGGCAAUUUAUGCGGAAAUCGGCCAAGGAUGGGACAUUGACAUUGAUGAACAUUUCAUGACCAUGGAACGAAACAACAAUUAGUUUAAGAGAUAAUGUAGAUUAAGACCGUCUCACAUGGACAUUGACUAUAGUCGACAUCGAUAAAGAGCGGCAACGCUAUUACAGCAUUCUCUGAUAGGAAAUAAGUCAUUCUUUAAUAGGAAUGAUAGAUCGGCUGUAAAUGGCUUAUUGAGCCAACAAAGCAGGCAUUCAUUGAUCUUACCAAAAAGUUUAUUUUCUGUGUAUCGGAAAAGAGGAAAGCGGGAAUUUCAUAUGAUUUUCAUUGGAUACUAGAAAAUUUGGAAAUUUUACGCGGUUUUCAUCAAUUUCUAAAAAUUGUGAUCAUUUGUUUCCGUCAAAUUUUACAAUUCACAAUUUCCAAAGACAUUCGGAUUAUGUUAAUUGACAAGUUAUUUAAGACUAAAAAUCUCUCUUCAGUUUGAGUUUAGCCGCAAUAUAGAUUGAUUUUUUUGCAAUAUUUGGUGGGAUUUUUCCUAAUUUCGUGAAAGAAAGAAACCUCAUACAAAUAUUUACUCAACAAAUUCGAAUCAUUCGAAUCGAAUGGUUCAAUCAUUUUCAAAAAUAUGUGAAAUUUCUGAGAAAAAAAAUGAAAAAUGGGGAAAAAAUGCAACCGAAUGAAUUCAAUGGAAUUCGGACUUUAUUUUUUGAGCAAAAACGGAUUCAAUACCGUACCAAAAAAUUGUAGUUACAAAUCAAGUUAUUCAACUAAAUUUAGCUAGAUUUAGACAUCAUGAUAUUAAUUGCAAUAAAAAAUAUUUUUAGCACUACAUGGAAUGUAGUAUACAUGGAAUAUAGGCUAUUGGAAUUGUUUUAUUUUUUCACGAGAAAAUUUUAAGACUCUUUAGGCCACUUUUUUGGACCGAAAAUUAAUUCUUUUUUCUAUCCAAAGUUCUAAUUUGAAAUGAAGCAAUUACGCCUAAUUAAAAAAAUUACGUAUAUAACGUAAAAAAUUGUUUUUUAUUAUUUUUGUUUUCUUUAAAUAAGAAAGUGCCAAAAAUUGCAAUAAAUUUUCAUGCAAUUUAUGAAUCCAAGUAUUUUUCAAAGAAAUUUUUAUAUUUUUGAUGUGAAUAAAAUAAGAUUGUUUAAAUGAAAA